AUUCAGUGUACUAGACUUCACCAUUCAACACCCUUCCUGCCCGACUCCUAAGGCAUAAACCCUCCUCCUGUAAGCUUCAUGCAGCUUCUGCGAAGUUUGGAUCUUUCGAUAUGCCGGCCCUCGCGACGAAGCAGGUGAGCGCACCUGAAUUGAAGAAGAGCCAGGAUGCGACGAAGAAGCCUACACACUAUCCCUUUUGGUUUGGAGGCAGCGCAAGCUGCUUUGCGGCUUGCUUUACGCAUCCUCUAGAUCUCGGUAAGGUCAGGUUGCAGAUGCAAGGACACCAUGGAGUACGGUUGAACAUGCUGCAGAUGUUUGGGCAUGUUGCGAAGGCUGAUGGCGUCAUGGGGCUAUAUCGCGGUCUCUCGGCCUCCAUAUUGCGCCAAUUGACCUACAGCAUGACCCGCUUUGGCGUCUACGAAACGAUAAAAGACCGCGUCACCACCGCCGAGAAGAAACCCUCCUUCAUGUCUCUCGUUGCCAUGGCCUCCGUAUCCGGCUUCCUCGGCGGCAUCGCCGGAAACCCCGGAGACAUCCUCAAUGUACGGAUGCAGCACGAUGCGGCCCUUCCUCCCGAGCAGCGAAGACAAUACAAGCAUGCGGUAGACGGAUUGGUUCGCAUGGCGCGGGAAGAAGGUGUCGGCAGGCUAUGGCGCGGCGUAUGGCCCAACUCGUCAAGAGCGGUUCUUAUGACCGUCGGGCAGCUGGCGACAUACGAUGGAUUUAAGCGCUUGCUGCUGGAGCGCACAUCCCUGAAAGAUAACCUCACUACACACUUCACAGCGUCCUUCCUCGCCGGCUUCGUAGCCACAACAAUAUGUUCGCCAGUCGACGUCAUCAAGACCCGGGUUAUGGGUUCCCAUGAACACAAGGGCAUAGUCAGGCUUGUCACGGAUAUAACAAAAGCGGAGGGUCUGCGGUGGAUGUUCAAGGGCUGGGUGCCGAGCUUCAUACGCGUCGGUCCGCAUACCAUUCUCACGUUCCUCUUCCUCGAACAGCACAAGAAGAUGUACCGGAAACUUCAGGGCCUGGAAUAGAGCGCAUAUUCUUUUCUUUCAGUAGUUUGCUUCUUGCUUUUGUACUUGAUACCUGAGGCGGCAUCUUGCUUGUAUAAUGUUUUUGUACAGAAGCAUACAUGUUGCAUUAGAAGGCGUUUUGUAGAUUUGAUCCCAUCAGCAUCUGAUGGUACAUAGAACAUUUGAGCUACC